AACACACGUGCGUAAAAAUCGUGUGCGUGUUGUUACAAGUCGAAUUACAUUCAAAACAUACUAAUUAUCUCCUUUACAAAAUUAGUCACACAAUGGACGAUUGCCUAAGUUCAGUAAUGCUUCCUAGCAUGAAAGUGCGCCAGAAAAAAUUAUGCCAACAGCGACAGAAAACAAACUAUAAGCCUUUGUACGAAGAUUCCAACAACUUUGGCGUACGAAUGCUCGCGAAACUGGGAUGGUCCGUGGGUAAAGGUUUAGGUAAAAACGAAAAUGGCAUAGCCGUGCCUGUGAUGAACAUUUUGAAACAAAACACCGAAGGGGUAGGGUUUGUAGGCGGUAAGGACGACCAGUGGACGCAGCACGAUGCCGAUUUCAAUAAUCUUCUCAAACGUUUAAAUGGCGAGGAAGAUGUACCUGGCGAAGACGGUAGCACCGAGAACAAUACCAAAUCCCAGCUACAAUCGCUCGAGGAACGGUCGAAAAAAUCCCGUGCACGUGUACACUACAAGAAGUUUACCCGUGGCAAGGAUUUGAGCCAGGUAAACGAAAAGGAUCUUGCCAAUAUUUUUGGUAAACGUUCACUAGCGGACAUUAAUAAGCCGAACGAAUCGUCGGAAAAGGAUUCGUCCCCGGACGAGAGUGACGAAGAAUCGAUUCCGAAACCGACUGUUUUGGGUUUGUCCACAAUCAAUGCAGCUGUAUCGAUGCAAGAGUAUUUCCAAGAGAAAAUGAAACAGAAAAAACUCGCUAAUGGUAACGGUGUGAGUGGAAAAGUGGCAACCAGCGAGAAAGAAGGAGAUCCUUCUGAUGAAAAACAUUCAUCUGUCGCCACUGAUAGGCGUAAGACGAAGAAAAACAAGAAAAAUAGAACUGAAAUCAAAGAUGCCGAUGAGGAACAUUCAUCUGCCGACAUUGAGCGGUCUAAAUUGAAGAAAAGUAAGAAAAAACAUAGUGAAACUGAGGAACUUUUACCGGUACCAGAAGAGGAUGCGGUUGGUGGAGAAAUUUCGCAGAAAAAAUCCAAACGGAAAAUGGAACAAACUUUGGAAGAACCAGUAGAGGAGGUUUCGGUUGAACCGGAAGAUGAAUCUCCCACGGUUAAAAAGAAGAAAAAAUCCAAGAAACAAACCUCUGAUCCGGAAACGGAUGAAAUCCCUAAGCUGGUACAGGAAGAAAUUCCUGCAAUCGUCAUUAAAGAACCAGCGAAAAUGAAGAAAAAAUCUAAAAGAAGUAAGUCUGAUGCAUCCUUGGUAACAGAGAUAGAUUACGCAGAACAGAAUAACGUUCGAAACACGGACGAAACGGAUCCCGUGGACUCGCCUGAACCAGUAAAGAAAAAGAAGAAAUCGAAAAAGAAUCAUGAAAUACCAGCAGCCGCUGGAGAUGAAGAGGGCAAUAUCGACGGGAGAUUAAAAACUACCGAACAAAUCAACGGCACUGUGGACAAUUCAGACGGUAAGGAUAACAGAUAUGCAGAGAAACAAAUCACAGUGCAACCUGUGCCUGCACCUGUGGAUACGUCCAACUGUCUGCAGGAAACUGAAGAGGAAUUGACCUUUAAAGUGAAAGCCGACGUACUCAAAUACCUGGACGACUCACGUUUCACUGGCUCUAACUUUGCCAAUAUUAUCGGUUACAGAUUGACGGAGGAAGUAAAGCUCGUGAUGAAAGACGUUCGGAGGACGGGAUCAAGGCGUAAAAGGUAGCCCCAAUUGGCAAAUGGUGGAUAAGCAUGAUGGAAAAAUAACUUUUAUAUUCAGGCAUAAUGUUGCUCAGUACCAUAUUGUUUACAUGCUGUGUACCGAAACCUUUUCGAACUCCGGACGCAUUGUAGAUUGAGCUGGAGCUGAAUAAAUAUACAUUUCAUUCAUUAUUUAAAACAUUGUUUUGAGC